AUGGGUUACAUGGUUUCCCAAAAAGGUGGAUAUGAUAAAGUGGGUUUUACUAGCAAGGACUUACAUAACCACAUUAGUAAGACUAGGCGUGGCAAAGUGAAAAACGGUGAUGCAUUUGCUGCGUUGGCCUAUCUGUUUUCUAAGGCAGACAGUGAUCCGUUAUUUCUAGGAAAGUUCACCUUAAAGGAUGGUAGGUUGGAGAAUUUGGUGUGGGCUGAUGGAGAAAGCGUUGUUGAUUACGAAUGUUUUGGCGAUGUACUGGCUUUUGACACCACAUACAAGAAAAAUGUAUACAACAAGCCCUUAGUCAUAUUUUCAGGGACCAACCACCAUGGCCAGACGACUAUCUUUGGAUGCGCUCUGCUCUCAGAUGAAAAGUCCGAAACUUUCAAGUGGGCACUGAAGGAAUUUUUGGAAAUCAUGUCAGAAAAACUACCCGGAGGCGUUGUGACAGACGGAGACCGUGCUAUGAGAGAGACUAUCUUAGAAGUAUUUCCUGGUAUACCACACCGCCUUUGUGCAUGGCAUCUCCAUCGUAAUGCGAGAUGGAACGAGAUCAUAUCCAAAUAUGGACUUGCCGAGAAUGAAUGGGUCCAGGUCAUUUAUAAUGACAGAAUGAAGUGGGCUACUGCAUAUUUGAGAGAGCACUUCUUUGGCCGCAUAAGAACUACAUCACAGUGUGAGGGAAUUCAUUCAUUAUUGAAGAACUAUGUUGACAGUAAAACCAGUCUCCUUGAAUUCAUGCAUAAAUUUAGUGAAGUACUAAGGCAUUACCGAAACAACCAUCUUACUGCUGACUUUGACACCUUUUAUAAGUUUCCUGUUUUGACUACGUGCUUGGAAAGUUUUGAGAAACAAGCUGCUGAACUUUAUACUAGAAAUAUUUUCAAACUUGUGAAAGAUGAGAUAGAAGCAGCAGAUGCUUUAAAUGUGACUGAAUGCCCAAACAGUGGAGACAUUGUUGAGUACAGCACGAGUGAGUAUUUUAAUCAACAAUGGGAAUUUAAAGUGUCUUACAAUAAAGACAAGGACCUGUUUGCGUGUGAGUGCAGGCUAUUUGAGACUCGUGGACUACCGUGCUCCCACAUCUUUGGGGUUUUGAAGCAUCGCAAUGCAAAAUGCGUCCCUACAUCUCUUAUCCUGAAAAGAUGGACAAGAGAUGCAAAGAGUGAUUUUAUAUGCUCAAUUGGCGAGCAAGACAUCGCUGAUGACAAAGCGCCCACACUUAGACGCGGUGCAAUGGCAUCUAUUUGUUGGAAGCUUUGUGAUAUUUCUUCCAAAAAUUCAGCAGACUAUAGGGAAAUCUCAGGUGAGUUACUUAAGCUAAUUUCGAAGGUGCAAAAUAAAGGUGAUGCACAAGCGAGACUUUCCCCCACUUCAGCGCUAAUAGGUGAUCCAGCUAUUGUGAAGUCAAAAGGGGCUCCAAGAAAGGUUCCAAAAGGCCAAAAGAGGCGAAGAUGUUCGCAUUGUAAGUCAGGCAGGCAUUUCGUUAGGACAUAUCCAUUACUCGCCAAGGAGGACUCCCCCGCCGAAUACUCAAAUGCUGAAGAUGAACCAAUGGUUGAAGAAUGUGAUGCCAAUAAACAGACUCCCUCUCAGAACACAAAAUUAGUAGAAAAUACACCCGUGCACAAUAAAAAUAAUUUUAAAGGUUGUGGAAGCAAGAAGUCUGUAUCUAAGUUGACAGAGACACCGAAGAUUAGAGCAAAUGGCAAAAAAAGUCGACAAAAGACCGAAGAAAUCAGUCUAAGUGAAGAGACAUUAAAAGAUAAGACCAACACAUCAGGAAUAGAAGCGACCGAAGUUCCAGAUGCAGCCACAACCAAGAUACCAGGAUUGCCACAAUAUCCUAUGCAUCAUUAUCCAGUGGUCCUUCCUUAUCAACCUUAUGGUGGAGUCCUCCCUAUUCCUUUUCAUCCUGUUCCAAAUGGUAUGGCGUACUUCAACCAAUAUCCUUCUACUGCCGGAAUUACAUCAUAUCCUCAGUUUUCGCAUGUCUCGUCGUAUUCUAGUGGACCCCGUGAUAGCAAUACAUGGUCUGGACUUUUGAAUGAUGUCAUCAACAACAAAAAACCAUAG